AUGCCAAAUGUAACUCAUGUGAGGCCAGUACAUCUUCAAUUUAAAUCAUGUGAAGAUCAAAUGGGACUGUGUUCAUAUCCAUAUGCGUAUGUACAGUUAACGAAGGGUAGUUAUGUCUUAAUGUCUGGUCAGCCAUACAGAAUUAAGUUAGUAAUGGAUGUUCCUGAAUCACCAACUAAUAAAGAACUGGGCAUGUUCAUGGUGUGUUUGCAAAUGCGCGCUAAGGGUGGAACUCUCAUAUCUUCAUCAUGCCGUUCAGCUAUGCUUAGCUACAGAUCGAAGUUACACUAUUAUAUCCGCACAUCUGUAUUCUCUCCACUCUUUCUCCUAGGAAUUGGUGAUGAGAGGCAAGAAAUACAAGUUGAGCUAUUUAGUGACUUUCAAGAUGACCCAAACAGUCCCGUAACAGAUGCAUAUGUGGAACUGCAGUCCCGGUUUGUGCAAGUGCACACUUGCUCUAUGCUCAUAGAGGCCCACUUCUCAGGACUUCGGUAUGCCAUGUACUACUGGCCACGAGCUUCGGCUUUGUGUGGAAUAUGCACAAAUCUCUUCUUUACUUCCCUUAUUUUUAUAUUAAGUUGGUAUCACUUGCAAGAUGGGUUGCCAGAAUUUAUAAAGAAUAAAUUCGGGACAGAGAUUAAGAGUGAGUCAGAAGAUGAAAAAAAGUUCACUGGGAAAGUUAAACUGGAACGUGAAGACUCAUUUCCGUUUAUAGAAGAAGAGGCGUUACUAGAAGAAUAUAAAAAAGAGAUUGAAAAGAAGAAAACUUAG